UUGAGAACCACCGAAAAAUCUGGAGCAUCGUUCAUUCGAACGGAUCAACUGGAUGGCGAGACUGAUUGGAAGCUACGGAUUGCCGUUCCGGUAACACAAAAUUUACCGAAGGAUGAGGAUAUAUUCGAUCUGAAUGUUGAAGUGUAUGCAGAGAAACCGCAGAAGGAUAUUCAUGAUUUCGUUGGUACGUUCAAGGUUACAGGGUAA